AUGCGAUGCGCGAGCAAGGCCGCCGAGAGCGCGUCUGCACGUCUCUGUGCGGACGCCGAAGCAGAAACAACAGCAACUGAUGUCUCAUCGGUUGCUGAAGCGACCCAGCCUGUGUCACUUGGUGAUGCAGGCGCUGGUCAUGAAGACACUCGUGUCUUCACAGAGUACGAGCUCGGUGUCUCGUACUCUCCUGAUACGGAUGACGGAUCCGUAUCGACGGCGAUUGAAUAUAAGCCGCCUGCCAAGCGUGGCAUGGACGAUGCUUUGCGUCGCAGCAUCUUUGGUUUAUCUGAUGAAUCAGAUGAACCAUCACCGAAGCGAAGGUGCUCGAGGUCGCGAGACUCGGGCGCUAAUAGUGGUGUCGGUUCUCCUAUGGACACCACUUCACAGCGAGGUGCCAGUACUUCUGUCGGCACGUCGCAGGAAGAGCGGGACCGCAAUGUCUUGCGUCUCGCUCCCGAGAAGAAGAAGGCAUGGAUGCCUCCAAAAUCCGUCAUGGAUCACUUGUCGGCGACGACGAGUGAUCGUUAUCGAACACGAUUGUUCGAUUCGUCAAGGAUCCAUCACCUUGACCCCAGCGCGAAAAACUAUCGCGCUGAACAUGAAUUCUUCAUCGAUGCUUUCUUUAGACAUCGAUGGUACAGCGGGAAUCACAAACGUGAUGGUCCCUCACUGCUUCAGGCGUGGAACGCCUACAUCCAUAACCUUGAGGAUGUAGGUCGUGACGCUUGGAACGACAAACUUAUCAAAGCUCGUGAUAAGUUUGAAAAGCGAACCCCGACAGGUGCACGCUACAAGCUGCAUCGUCUGUAUAGGGAGAAAGGGUUACCCUGCCUCUCUUGGGGAGACCAGUGCCCUUGUUGUGUGAACAACUCUGCACGAGCACCUAAGGAGGCUUACCUCCUUACUAGCCCGUGGUGGCGCGUACGUAUCUCUACUGAGAUGUACGAAGGGAUUGACAACCUGAAAUCCCUUUGCGACCGUGCCGGGAAGGCUUUCUCCAGCGGUUCUUCUGCGGCACAGGAUGUGCCGCGUCGUACUGCUCAACCAAACCCAGUACAUCGAUCAUCAGUUGGGAGCGGGGCUCCCAAGAAUCCCAGGACGGGGGAUAGCCGCGCCACCGGACGAGAUAACUCGUCCGACUUCCGUUCACGUCGCGGUGGUUCAACAGCUGCUCAACUAGAUAGCGCUGGCCACCGCGAGAGUCCUCUAAUGGAGGUGGAGGAGGAGGAAAGACGCUCUCCACACGAUCAUGUGGAUCGGUGUGUUCCCGAGAGCUUCUUUGAUCGCGUAACGCAAGGGUUACGCGACGAUCUCGAACAUGAGCGGAAUAGGCGUCUCCAAAUGGCGGACACUGCCUCGAAGCAUCGAGCUGAGUUUGCCUUUGCUCAGCUUGAGAACGAGAGAGCUCUGAGAUCUCUUCGUGACGAGCUAAGGGUAACUCGUGGGAUUGUUGAUCGGUCUCGAGAUGAGACAACUGCUCUUCAGACCCUUGUCGAUGCCCACCAUCGGGAGCACAAGGCUCUCUGCGAGAUGCUUGAGCGCAAGGGCGUUCUUCAUCGGAAGAAGCAGCGUACUGAUGGUACGGCUUAA